GAAAACGUAUCAUACCUUAUGCAGCGUGCCAUUGUCUGCCCACACUAUCCGUCGAUUUAUAUGCAGUUGUUGUUUGAAGUUUGGAGGACCAAAGUCAGAAAUUUAGGUGUUAUUGGUCUAUAUAAAGAACAGAUGUUGCAAUUAUUUCCCUGCUGAAGCUUGUGCCGAUGCCAUUGUCCAAACGAUUCGAACUGAAAGUAAUAAAGAGAUGACCGAUCAGUCGAAGGGUACUAUUCCUCCAACAUAUACGCAGAGUCAAGACGCGGCGCAGGUUCACCACCAGACCCAGCAGCAGCAGGCCUUUCCACAGCAGCAGGGCUAUCCUCAACAGGGCUAUCCACAACAGGCCUUUCCACAGCAGCAGGCCUUUCCACAGCAGCAGGCCUUUCCACAACAACAGGGCUAUCCACCACAAGGUUAUCCACCACAAGGUUAUCCACCACAAGGUUAUCCACCACAAGGUUAUCCUCAGCAGGGCUAUCCACCGCAACAGGGCUAUCCCCAAUAUGGCUAUCCUCCAGCACAACAACAACCACAAACCACAGUAGUAGUCGUGCAGCCUAAUCAACAAGAGCCACAACAGCAGCCAGUUCAACAGCAACCAGUUCAACAGACAACAACCUCGAGAGGCAUGAGCCCAGGUAUGGGAGUUGCAGGAGGGUUGUUAGCUGGUGCACUUAUUGCCAACCGUAUGGAUAGAAGACGUGUAAGACGUGAUGUCGCUGUUGCAAGUGCUGUAAGUCGUGGCCCAGUACCCCCUCCAGCACCUGCUCCAAGCGGUUUCGGUGGUGGUGGCAUCCUUGGUGGUGGCGGAUUAGGUGGUGGAAGAUUGGGUCGUCGUGGCGGCUUUGGCAGAAGAUAA